AUGGACGAGCUUCUUUUCUACAACUCUGUUGGUGACCCUUCCAAAAAACAUUCUACGUCAUUUGGAUUUUUGUCUAGUAUUCACUCGUCGCAGCACAUUGGUCAAUAUCGCCAGUGUUACUCGAACAUUAAUGGCACAACUCUCACUGGCAUUGGUGGUGAGCACAAAGUUAUUGUCGCAUGCAAAGGCAAGGCACUCAUCCAUGUAUACUUACAUGGAAAGGAAUCUCCAGAGCAGACCAUUCCAUUGCCAGAGGAAGUCAGCUGUCUUGAAAUCUUUCCACAUCCAAAUUCUGAAAGAUCGUGGCUUUUGGUUGCAGGAGCAGUGAGCGGUCGCUUAUACGUCUGGGAACUCGAUUCUGGUCUUCUUCUCGCAGUGAAAGAGAGCCAUUAUCAGUCUGUUGGGGUGGUCAAGUGCUCGAAAGGUUAUAUCGUAAGUGGAGGAGCAGACUCCAGAAUUGUCGUUUGGAAAGUUUUAGAUAUUCUGACCGACUCCCAUAAACCUUACGUUAUAUUCACUGAUCACACCCUACCGGUUACUGACAUAACUAUAAGUUCUGGGCUCAUUAAUGACAUCAAGCUGUGGUCUGUCUCCGCAGACCAGACUGUGCGCUGUUACGAUUUGACUUCUCUAGCUUUGGUGACGACGUUCGUCGCACAGCAACCCAUCCAUUCCAUCGCAGCAGACCCGGCAUUCAGAUGUCUAUAUAUUGGGCUCGCAAACGGAAUGAUUCGAAUGGUUCAUUUGUUUCAAGCAUCUCCACAAACACAGAUAUGGGAGCAAGUUGGUGGUUUCGGUAAAAUCAUCACUUUGAAAGACGACAUAGAUCUGCGCGAGACAUUCACUAACCAUCAGAUUGGCGAAAAUCCAGUGACCAGAAUUGCAGUCUCGUUCGAUGGCACUCAAAUCGUUACUGGCGAUAGUAAUGGAAAAGUUCUAGUUUUGGACGUGGCUACAAAACAGACUGUGCGCACUUUGAAACAGCUUGCUGGGCCCGUUUCAACUCUGAAAUUGUUUAGAAUGGAGGCGAAUAUUGUUAGCAAUUCUGCGCUGAAGACUGCUGUGCGAACAAUUCCGGUCCUCAAAAGAAACCUUGUGGAGGACUUGGACCUCCAAAAACAUGAGGUUCAUAGAAAAUUCACUGACUCUGAAAACUCAAGACAACUUGACCUUGACAACUUCUUAGACACGGUUAAAUCGGAACAGAAGUGGUUCUCCAAUUUCACGGGAGUUGACUCAAGUGUCAAGCAAAAUAAGGAGAAUUUGGGAUCCGAAUUGGCAGAGCUGAGAGAGUCAUAUGCAAGCAUGAAAUCCAAAUAUGAUGCACUCUAUGACGAACACUCCAAGCUGCUAAUGAAUAAUAAAUAG